GGGGGGGGGGGACGCGCGCCACUUCGCGAGGGGCUCUUCGACGAGGGGCGAGCUGUGAAACGUGGCCGUGGUCCGGUAUUCGAACUCAGGCAUUCAAAGCGCCAGCGCCAAUAUAACCACAGCACCUACCCAACUACCCCGCCCCGUCAAUCACGAAUCGAUUCUUUUUCUACAACGAAAUUUGUACGCUUCGAUUUAACUGCUCCGCUCCUCACGGGAAUCGAUUCCGUUCUAAUUUAAUUUCGGAAUCGAUUACACCUUUCUACGCUCACGCCCCACGCAAGAAUCGAUUCUGUGGUUAUCGCGGGAUGAUCGCGAUUCGAUUCCGUCGUUCACGGCACGGAGCGGCAGCUGCUGCUGGCCCGUCGAUGCGCUCCGGCGCCGGUGAGGAAGAGGAAGAAGAAUAAUAAUAGUUUGCGUGGCGCUCACGGGUGGUAUUUGACCAUACUUCACCACGCCGGUCAGUGUGCCGCUGCGGGUUAUUUCCCGACCAAACUACCAACGACGCGCCGGUUCGCGCCCGUUGUGGGAAGGCGGAAUGACAAAACAACAAUUACAUCAAAUCUUGAUUCGAAGCUUUCGUGACCUGCAGGGAUCCAUACUCUUUGGCUCUUUCUGUAAAGUCUAUUGACAACCGACCGGAUCUUUAAAAACAAACCCCACCAAACCUUCAAAUUCUAAUCGAAGUCGACACAAUUCCAUCGAUCCACUUGAUCGAUGCACUCCCCGAUGAUGGUGGUGACGAUGUCUCUGAUCUGGAAUUCGCUGUGGCUCCUUCUGUUUCUGCUGCCUCUGAUGCUGCUGAUUCUGUCGCGAAGUCGAAGCAAUCGGACCUUGUUAGCCGGCGGUGGUGGGGGUGCCGCGGCCGCCUUUGUAUCUCUGUGCGGCUUCCAGAGCUUGUGCUUUGAGCCCGUGUGCCGCCAGAGAGCCCUGCAGGUGCUGAGGCCACGGUCGGGCCCAGGGCCCCAUGGCCAUGCCGUGGCCCAUCGCGCUGGAGGCCACGACGCACCGGAGAACACCAUGGCAGCAGUGCGCAAGGCAGCCACCAAUGGUGCGCAUGCUGUGGAGCUGGACAUGGCGUUCACGGAGGACGGAGUGGCAGUGCUCAUGCACGACGACACGGUGGACCGCACCACAGAUGGCAGCGGCCCCAUCGGUGCCAUCUCACUCGCCAACCUGCGUAACCUCGACGCCUCCGCCUACCAUCGCCUCCGCGAGCAGUUCAAGGGCGAGAGGGUGCCCACCUUGGAGGAGGCCGUGGACGAGUGUCUCCAGUUGAACCUCAUCAUUUACUUCGAUGUGAAGGGCGACGCCGAAAAGUCGUCUACGGUGCUCAAACAAAUCUACGAAUCCCGGCCGGAACUCUACAACAAGAGCAUCGUCUGCUCCUUUGACCCCAGGGUCAUUUAUAUGAUGCGGCAGAAGGACGUCGCGGUGGUGACGGCGCUGACGCACCGGCCGUGGGUCUUGAGUCACACGCUGGAGGGAGAGCGCUUGCACCGGGGAUGGUUUCGCCACCGCUGGGAGAUGCUGAUGGACGUGGCGCUGGCUUGGAGUCUCAACAACUUCCUGUGGAAACUGUGCGGCAUCUCCGCCGUCCUCAUGCACAAGAGCGUCAUAUCGCAGGACUACGUGCGGUGGUGGCAAGAGCGCAAUGUGAGUGUGGUGGGCUGGACCGUGAACACAGCCGUGGAGAAGGCUUACUACGAGAAUGUUCUCGACUGCAACUACAUCACCGACAGCCUCGAGGGCGACGCGUGAUGCGAAACUCCGACCCCCACCCCCCCCCCCAAAUCCUUCCCCACCAAACACGUCUAUUCAUGGACUUUUGAGGCUUCCCAUAUCUCGAAUUGAAUAUGUAAUUUGCCAAGCUGGUGAUAGAAGGGCAGGGCUGCGGUGUUUUUAUUUUAAUGGCAAGUAAUUUGUUAAUCCUAACUUGCUCGCUGUGUAACUUGGGUACAAGUAUGCGAACGACAGCCGUUUUAAUGGCUGCAGUUGCUUUUGCUAUCCAGUAGGGAUCGUGUAUGUUUUAAAACUUUUAACUCAAAACGGUUUUAUCAGACAGGGCAGUUAUUGAUUUAACAUGGAUUGAACACAACGUAAAGAAAACGUUUUCUGUGAUAGUUUUAACGGACUUCAGUUUUAUGGAGACAUUUGACAGCGAUUCACAUUCUGCCAAAACGUUUCCUUCGCCCGUCAGAUCUUUGGAUAAAAGGUGCACGUGUUUCAGUCACCUACAAUCGGGUGAAACGCCAGGAUGGUUGUUUCAGCCGUUGGAAUAAGCAAUUAAAUCCUGAACGUUGAAUAAUAAUUUUACAUCACACGGAAAGGGCACCACAAAGGAUCUUUGAUCUUAAACUCAAAUUCACACCAUCCGGCAAAAACAAAGUUUUCUUAAGUGGUGCCUACAAAAAAAAAGUGUCCAGUUCCCGCUUCUCUUACGAAGGACGCCCAAUGUUGCCGUCCGAUGUGUUUUCGCGGUUGGACCGUGUGUAUUUUGGCAUGAUGUCCGACGUUUCGCUCUGCGUGCUUCGAGCUUCAGCAGCUGCUUAACUAAAGAACCCAAACACAACCGCGACCGCUUACGCUGUGGAACUCCUCAACCUAUGGUGAAUGUUGCGUAACACCGAGGUGCGUCUUCUAAACAUCAAAACUCGUUACGAAUUGGGACGCUUUGUGUAAUCCCGUGUGGGAGGAGUCGGAGUGGCUCCGAUUGUUUUGCGUAUUUUACAACGUUGUCAUUGCAAGUGUGUGGGUUUUGAUUAUCGCCCGCGAAUAUUUGUUUUAAUUGUUAAGUAAUUUUGUUAUCGAAGUCGUUUUUCUCAGGUUGCGGCAGUCAUUGCGUAGUAGUCACUUGAGAACCACUGCUACGUGACUGAGUAUAACAGCUUGGGCCGUUGAGUUAUACAUAUCUCAUCAUCAUCGGAGCAGUAUUUACAGGGAUGAAUUGGGUUUAGUAUAUACAUUGAUGCAUAUGCCCAUGCCUAGCUCCUUAUAGCAAAAAUAACAAAAGCACGCAACUGUAAUUUUAUCAUAUGCUAUGUGGUGGUAUGCAUGAUUUUAUGACUGUUUAGAUUUACAGUGGAAUACUUUACUGAACUACUGAAGGGAAUGAAACAAGUGCAAUUAAAUUACUUUAAACAACA